AUGGCAAGGUACUACGACGAGAUCCCGCCCCAGCUCAUCGAGUGGAUUCUGCAGCAGCACAUGGGGAUGGGCACGUCAACUGUCUCUCCCAAAGGAACCGCGAAUUGCUUCCACAUCGAGAGUCCUACCAGAGUUUGGUAUGAAGAUCUUACGGGCAGUGGUGUCGAAACGGUUGCGCAUAUGCGCCAGCCCGGUAACGGCCGCAUCACGAUUCUCUUCCACGCGUUCGAAGGACCUCCGAGAAUCCUCCGUUUGUGGGGAAAGGGCACCGUAUACGAAUUCGGCACACCCGAAUACAACGAAUACAUCCCCCCAUCCGGCCGUAAAGCCGGCUCACGCGCCAUCAUUGUCAUAGAUGUGCACAAAGUCGGGACGUCGUGCGGCUUUGGCGUCCCAUUGUACAAAUACGAGACCCAGCGUACGAUUCUCGAGCGGUGGUGCGACCAGUUGGAGAGCUUCGAUCAGAAUGGUGAGGCACAGUCCCAAAGCCAAAGUCAAAGCCAAGCACCACCUCCAUACUCGUCCGAGCAGAACGAAACCAACGCCCUCGUAAAAGACGAGCGCGGGAUCAAGGCAUGGUGGACAUUGGAAAAUGUUGCAAGCUUCGACGGCCUCCCGGCCCUGCAGUUCGCACACGAUAGCAGCGUCCCGCCUAUCAACACAUUCGACAAAAAGGCUCCGCAUCCAACUCUUUCUCAAACAAAGAGCAUCACGAAACCUGCUAAAGGUGGGAAAGCCAAGUCGGGUUCCGGGGAGACAGUGAGGUUGUUGAUGGCGUUUAGCUUGGGGGUCAUGGUGACGGCAGGAUAUGUGAGGCUCGUUAUUUCGCGUAUCCGGUAGCGCGGGAUCGGGAUUCGCCGAUUCAAAGGGGCUUCACACGUGGCGUGGUUUUUUGAAAAAUGUUUAGGCAACACUAAAGCUAAAGUUGGGUGCGUUCUCAAGAUCUCAAGCUUUGCAACAUUGUAUCGUGACG